GAGGUCAGGGUCAAGGACGAGGAGAUGAACGAAUGGGAAGCUCUGCCUGUCGACCCAUCCAGCAUUCCAGUGGGCAGCGGAGCGCAGCGGGCGCUCUCAGCAACCCAAGGGCGCACGCGACUGCUUGCCGGAUGGCUCCCGGGGAAUUUUGUUCACAGCACUGGAGUGGACGGGAAGAACUACUUGAUGUUCGAGAUCGAGGAGAACGUGACGAGGGACUCGGAGCUGUUCCUGGACGAGCACUUGCCGCAGUGGGAGAUGUGGGAUCUGAAGCUACAUCAAGCCUGGGACUGCACGACGAGAUGGGGCAAGGUAAUCUGCAAGGUCUUCCUGAAGACCAUCGAGAAGUCCGAUUUCUUGACGAAGUGCCAUUACCUGAAUGCCUUUGCGGGCACCGACGCGGAGGAGAUCUACAGGCUGCUCAGCAUGACGACGAUCGCGAACCACCUCAAGCCGCCUUGCAAGCUCUACGAGCUGACCCAGAGUGGCAAGAAGGAGGAGAUCUGCGACCGGCUGGUAGCCUGCAUCCUUCAGCAGCUGGGCGACGCCAAGCCGACGGCCAAUGUCAAGCAGGACCUGGAGACGUCGAUCAAAAGGCAGGAGACCAAGCCCUACAACCUAGGCGGCACGGUCAAGAGCCACUUCGCACAGGGCUGCGUGGCUCCGGAGUGUCGCGCGCAGCGCGGGAUCGCCAAGAACGAGCCUAUCAUGAAGGUCACCCCCCGCGGCUGGUGCCUCAAGAUGUGCGCGGAGGAGAUCGCGAAGAAGGAGUGGGCGAAGUUCAUGAGGGGCGCGUCCGUUGGAGCCGAGUGCGCCCUCUCCACCUUCGGCCGCCUGGCCAUGGUCGAAGCCUGCGCAUUUGAGGACCCCAACCUCGGCCAGAUCUGCGAGCAGAGGGGUUUGGAGUUCGCGCGGCCCGGACGAUAUAACGACUUCGACCUCAGCAAGCCGCAGGGCCACCGCAGGGCCAAGUACGUGCUCGAUGAGAAUCGACCAGGACUACUUGUCAGCACUCCACUCUGCGGACCGUGGUCGAUCAUCCAGAAUGUCGACCAGCGCGCUGACCAGCAGAAGGAGAACCUUCGGAAGAAGCGACUGAAGAGCCAGCGGAUCUUCGAGAACAGCACGCGUCUCAUCGAACACCAGGUCAGCAACCUCAAGGGCUCGGUCAUCGCCGAGCAGCCGCAGAACAGCCGUUCUUGGCAGAAGACCUGCUGGAAGGAUCUACGCAAGCUGCUACCCUGCGAAGUCAUCGCGGACGGUUGCGCCUGUGGACGACGGGCCCCCGAUACCGGAGAGCUCAUGAAGAAGCGCUGGAAGUUCCUCACCAACGACAAGCACAUCUGGGACGGGAAGGACUCCCUCGGCCUAACGAAGGAAGCGAUCAAGAAGUUGGAGAGCUACGCGAGACUGGCCCACACCAAUCUGGCAUCAUCAGCAGAGUUACCGCAUAAUGGCCACGAAGUUCUAUUCGACGCCUUCUCUUGGGUUCGUCGCAACACGAACGCCGACGCCAUGGCGCUCGCGGUUCUGGGCGCGGGUUCCGACAUCCUCUACGUGCGUUUGAUCGACGAGAAGAAGAUGCCAGAACAACUGCGUCAGGUACGAGCUGGAGACCUACGACUGUGGUUCCCAUGGAUGGGGCGCACCAAGGUCAUGCACUACGACCCAGCUGGCAGCGCAGCCCCCGACGAGUUCAGGGAGUGGGUCGAGAGCCAAGGCAUCUACUGCCUCCCGUGUGCUGCUGACGCACACUGGCAGAUCGGGAAGGUCGAGCGCGCCAUCGAGGCCUUCAAGGAAGCCCUCGACGCCUUCGACGAGAUGAUCUCUCCCGACGCGUCUACCAGCGAGAUGUUCGGCCUCCAGGCGGCAGCCCGCAACGACCUCGCGGGGGUCGACGGCUUCAGCCCGCUUCAGCGCUACGCCGGAAGGUCGCCUACGGGAGCGACUGCCAACCUCGACGACGAGCCGAACAACCUCCCGCUCAUCGGCGCCGAGCUACAGGGCGGCAUGUUCGCCAAAGAUGCUCAGAUACGUCGACUACCCCGACCGGCCCACAUCCAGACCGAGAGCUCCGACAGAGUCCAGAGGGCAGAGGCGGCGAAACGAAGUUCAGGAAGAAGGGGCAACCGCGAUCGAUGCCCGGGCGAGAGCGCUGGUGCGGACCUGGACGAGUACUCUGUCACGAACCCGAUAGCUCUGGCCACCGACCUGGUCUACCUUGCGCAGUCGUCCUGGCAGGGCGGCUCUACCGAGUUGCACCCGAACAGUUAC